AUUUUAUCAGUGUUUUUUUGGGUAUCUGCUACGCGUGGGCUCUUCCUGAGUCAUGUGUUUUUGUUGUUAGAGUUCAAUCUGACCACUCACUUAUUGUCCUCCUUUCCUUUGCAUUUCUGAGCACGAAGAAGCAACAAUGCGGUGCUGGCUCAUUGCAGUUGUUGUUGUUUUGUUGGCUGUCGUAGCUGCAGAGGGAAAAGCGGUCCCUUCUCCUCCAGAUUUUGGAAACAGCUAUCAUGUGAAAGGAGUAAUUUCUCUGCCUUAUGCUGAGAUCAACGAGCCGUUUGAGGCCUGGUUUGAUCUGCCAGCAAAGUCCAGCAGAAUAGACUACUACCAUGGGCAAGUGUCGACAUACCAGUUGGGGGCAGAGCCGCAGUGGGGCAUCGCCUACAAGAUCUCACCCGAGACCACGGAGGUGGAACUGAAUGUGAUGAAGUGCUUUCAGGUCAACGGAACACAGAAUGAGACGGUCACACCUCAGGCGGCGCUGCCUGAUAUCCAGGGCUUCCAGUUCCUGAGGAUGGAGUACUACGCAGGUUCCCUGUGUGAAGUUUGGCAGAACGUGACCACUGUGGGCUACAAGAAGAACAUGUACACUCUGUGGGUGACCCACUCAGAGGGGGACAAUGAGCCUGCCACACCCCUCCAUUAUGAGAUGAUGGGAUACAACACACUGCUGGGCUCUCACUAUGAUAAAUACUUGGUGGACUACAAGGAGUUCAUUACUCAUGUGGAGCCCAAAGUCUUCUCCCUGCCUGACGAGAUGAGCUGUGGGGGGUUUCCUGGUCCAGGUGUGGAGCACCACAUGUUGGCCAACCCGAUGAAAGAUCUCAUCCACACCACAGCGUCGGGCCACUCUCAGCGCAUGUUCAGCCAUUUCAAGGACAAGUUUCAGCGACAGUACAGCGAUGAAAGAGAGCAUGAAAAGAGGGAGCACGCUUUUGUUCAUAACCUCAGGUAUGUCCACUCCAAGAACAGAGCAGGGCUGUCUUUCUCUCUGGCUCUGAACUCUCUGUCAGACCGCACCAUGUCAGAGCUGGCCAUAAUGAGAGGGAGGAAAAGCGCAAAGACUCCAAACAGAGGUCUCCCUUUCCCCUCCGAGAUUUAUGAAGGGGUGGAAGUCCCCGAUUCAUUUGACUGGAGGCUUUACGGUGCUGUGACCCCAGUGAAGGAUCAAGCCAUAUGUGGCUCCUGCUGGAGCUUUGCCACCACUGGAGCAGUAGAGGGCGCUCUCUUCCUAAAGACGGGCUCCCUGCAGGUUCUGUCUCAGCAGAUGCUGGUCGACUGUUCCUGGGGUUUUGGCAACAACGGCUGUGACGGCGGAGAGGAGUGGAGAGCGUACGAGUGGAUCAUGAAACACGGCGGCAUCGCCACGAUGGAGACGUACGGAGCCUAUAUGGGAAUGAAUGGAUUUUGCCACUUGAACUCAUCUCAGCUCACCGCACGCAUCCAGAGCUACACCAACGUCACGUCAGGAGACGCAGAGGCCCUCAAGGUGGCGCUCUAUAAGAACGGCCCUGUGGCCGUUAGUAUCGACGCUUCGCAUCGAUCGUUUGUUUUCUACAGCCACGGUGUUUACUACGAACCUGCCUGUGGUAACACCACUAAUGAUUUAGACCACGCCGUGCUUGCGGUGGGUUACGGCAGCCUGGACGGGGAGCCAUACUGGUUGGUUAAGAAUUCGUGGUCCACGUACUGGGGCAACGACGGCUACAUCCUCAUGUCUAUGAAGGACAACAACUGUGGCGUGGCCACUGACGCUACAUACGUGACUCUGGCGUAGACGGUUCGCUCCACGUUCUCGAUCGUGUUUGUUAAAGCUGCAGUUGGCAGAAUCACUGGAGAAAUAAUUGACGGGGUUUCAUCGGCAGGUGUUUUGGGAUCACCACUCCCUCCUGAGCUCAUCUCUUCACUCAUUUUUUUUUUUUGGGCAUUUUGAAUUUAAAUACAUAAUUAAAAUGCUUGGUUACAUUUCUUUGA